UUUUCAUUCUAUUAUUAUCUGUUUAGCCAUACACAAUGGGAGAGAGCUCAUCACCACCAAGAGGGAGAAACUUGAGUGACAUGCUUGAUCAAAACCCCUCAUUCUCUUCCUCCUCCUCUUCUGUAAUGAAGCUAUUCGGUGUCGAUGUUAGCGACGGCGGCAUAGCUCCGCCAACACCUCAACUAGACGGCGACAACAAACGGUUCGAAUGCCAGUACUGCAGAAGGGACUUCGCCAACUCUCAAGCAUUAGGGGGCCAUCAAAAUGCACACAAGAAAGAACGACAAAGGUUAAAAAGGGUGCAUUUCAUGAGCAACCAUCACCGGCGGUUUGCGGCACCGAUGACCAUAAUUAACGCAAGAUCUGGACAGUUCCAGCAACCGCAAAUGGCGGUUGUGGAACAAUAUAUCCCACAACCGCCACCACCACAGCAGGUACUGUCCGGUGUUCCGUUGAGGUUUCCAAGUCGGUUUUACGUAGGACGAUCGCAGCAGUUUAACUCCGUUGGUCCACAUUCAUCAAGGAUGAUCGAAGGAGCAGAUGAUAAUCGUGAUGGAGUGGAUGUUGAUCUGCAUCUUUGAUCAUUGUAGGUGCUGAGGGUUUUUAUGUUUUUACCUUUUUUCAUUUCUUCCAAAUUUUAAUUAAUUUUGGAUGAUUAAUAUAUUUUAAUGAUUUAGUUUUGUUCCAAAUGAUAAUUUCAUGUAAUCUCUCUAAGUUUAAAAUAAUAA